AUGGCGGCGCGUUCGGCUAUGGGCUUCGCGGCCGGCGCUCUGCGCCAGGCCGCGGGCGCGGGCGCGCGCGUCGCCGCGCCCGUCCCUCGCGUCGCGUUCCAGCAGGCUCGAUCGAUGGGCGGAGGCGGCCCCGGGGUGACGCACGGCGGGCUGACCGUUCACGAGCCGGGGAUGGGGUACAAAGCCGUCGCGCACGGCAUGGGCGGGCUGUGCUGGUUCUGGAUCUUUUACCGGUUCUACAAGGACGGGGACACGCUGAUCUACGGCCACGCCCCGCACUUCGAGCACGACGACGACGAGCAUCACUGAUGGUUUACGUCGUAGAAGUCGCGCGUUUCUGUCGAGAAGAGAGGGAAACGUUCGGCGAACGGCGUCGUCGUCGCCGCGAAGAGAGCGAAGUGAACGUGUAGUUUCAGACAUCUUUUAUGUACAAAAGAGAAAGUGCAACGAGGGAAGCUCGUGAACUCCCCGUUCGACGUCGUCGCGCUCGCGGAGCCGGAGGCUCGCGGCGCGACGAUCGGUCAUCGUCGGCGCCUACCGUCCAAACGUGGAAAAGGCGCUCGGUGGCGCCGGCGUCGUCG